AUGGCUGCGACGAGGCCUGUUCGGCCAAAACCUCUCGACUGGUCGGGUCCCUCGCAUCUGGAGGUGUUUAUCCGCAAUCUGAAGCUGCUGCACCUGGACCAACGCGAGGACUGGCCCGGUAUAUCUCUCCGCACAUUAUCCGCGGCAUCGCAGAACCAGCGACAACGAACCCGACUAAUAGAAUGGGCUUUGUACCGCCUCUACGCUAUUUGGGACCCAGAGGGCGCCCUUAAUAAACUCCGGCCGUUCUUUCCCCCGUUAGAGCCUCUACAGUCCGUCAACCUCCGCGCCGCCUUGUUCCGAUGUCUAGGCGAAUUGAAGAAAAAUGGCGAUCUGGGAAGAGAGGUUAUUCUCCGCAAAACAAUGCUGGAUGAUUGCAAGGGCGAGAAAUUCGAGGAGCUGCUCGCUGGGUUCUCCACCACAGUUCUCCGUAAACUUUUGGCCGCAUCCACCGACGAGAUUUGGAAUCCGGCUAUGAGACUGUCAACUGCCACGGCUAUGACACCUACCGACUACCAGAACUUGUUGCCACUUAUUCUGGCCCAUCAAGUCUCUCUCAGUACUGCUGGAGAACGCCACGCCCGAGUUCAAGACGCAUAUGAUCAGUUCGCGCAGCUUCUGGACGGUAAGAAGGUUGAGCUGACUGAACGUGCGAGUCGAGAACCAGGUCAUAGCUUGGAUGUGCAGGAUGACCAUGAGAGCCUGAUGCAGCAGUUCCAGACGAAUUGGUUAGGCAGCGAGGAAUGGGCCACCGCGCUGCUCGAAGGUGGUUCACAAAGUAGCACCGACGUUUUUUUGGAACUACCCUUCUCCAAAGCAUUAGCAAAAGCCCGGGACUACAAUGUGGAUAGCCUCAACAGUGGGUCGGGACAAGAUCUGAUCCUUGAUUUGGAGGCUCGGGUUCUACUUCAACGCAGUCGCCUGCACAAAUGGCACGAAUACAACAAGUCUCUCUCAAAGGGAAGAGGCACUGACGGGAUGAGUACAUGUCAAUCUAAAGAACAGCGCAUGCUCUUCCGAGAUCACCAGUCUCUCACAGUGGCUAGUAUAUCCAAAGCAGUCCGCCAGCCUGGCGAUCGUGGACGAAUGUUGAAAGGUGCAGAUAAAUAUCUUCUUUCCUCCGUCAACGAGACACUCGCCCGUAUCAACGGUAAAUCUCGUCUCAAGCAUUCUACCAUACCCGAAGUGAGGACGAGCAGUCCUCGCCGAUUUGAACACGCUUCGGAGACUGUGAAGCCUCCAACAACAUCAGAAGACCACCGACACACCCCCAGCCCCUCACCAGAACAGGAGAUCCCAGAGCUACAGCCAGAGUCCGAACCUCACACAAAACCAGACAGCCAACGCUCCCCUCCUACCGUCCGCCUUUCGCCAGACAUCCCCUCAGACGACGAACCAGAAGCGGAACCCAUCAAACGCUCCACCAACCUAGUCGAGCGCACACGCAGAUCAAUGUCUCUCCUCCCACCCGUGGCCCACGACGAACCACGACGCCGCCGACCCCGGCCAUCUUUCCCCGUGAACCAAUUCGUAAUGCCGCGCAAAGCCUCCGGGCAAUCGGCUCGUUCGAAUGAGAUCUCGCGCGCUUCGACGCCGCAGGAUCAGCUCUUCGAGGAAGAUGCUGAAUAUGCUAGCGUCUUCAAGUCGCGUCCCCGCGUGGCCCUCAGCCCUAUUUCAUCACCUGCUGUGCAUGUUCCUUCUUUUGAGGAGGAGAGCUUUGAGCUGGAUUAUGAGGAGGGGGAGAGGGGGGAGUGGGGAGAGGUUGAUUCGCCUUCUGCGAGGUUGAGGGGCUAG